GAAAACGUCAUGCCGUUCUCUAGUGAGCUGUUUGUUUGGUGAGAGCACUGGCUUCGUUAUCGAAAUGAUAUAUUUGAGUGUGCUUAUUAUGGAAACAUACAAAACGUAUUAGUGCUGCUCGCUCAUCUAACAAGACGAAACGUUUGCAAGUGAAGUGUGAGAGCCCCAAGAUAGCGUGGUGCAGGUGCGCGAGCCAACACGCGCUUGUAACGUUGUCUGCAGUGAGCAGCAGCACGACUAGUAGCCACGCUACAUUAGCUAACUAUGACCUCGAAAGUUUGCCAUCUACUGUUUUAAACAGUUAGCUGGCUAGCUACUUUUUGCUGUAUAUAGCUAUGACCUAGACACAUUUUGUAGUGGUCAUGAAUGAAAAACCACUCAUUUCUAUUUUGAGGAGAGAGGAGUAGGUCUACCCUACUCAACAUUGUAUGUCAGCAACAUGGCAUUCACCAGCCUUUUUUCAAGUCUUCCAAACAAAGAAUUUGACACGACGCCUUGUGAGUCGAGAGAGAGGUUAGCUAUAAUACAAAUAGUAAUUAUUUCUACUCUCUUUUCUACUAUGCUGAAUUCAUGUAACUUGGCUAACGUUAAAUAACUUAGUCAAGUGUUUCAGCUUUGAAUUGGAGUACAUAGCCAACUGUGAGAAUUUAUUGAUUCUAACAAUUUCUCAGAUUUCAAAGGGAUGAAAGGCAACUGGAACCAGUUAAAAUGGAGAAGGAGAACGAAAGGGAUGCCCAGUCCAGAAAGAGGCCAUUGCAAAGGGGUCAGCAGAGUGGCCCCAGGAAGAGAAAAAAAGGGGACCAACAGGUGAACUUGUCAUGUACUAAACAGAUGCUGAAUAGGCCAAUUCAGAAUGGAGAAGUUUUUUAAAGUUUUUUACUAAACAUUGACGUAAGCCUAACUAACAUAGGCCUGUAAUUGUGUUUUGUGCAGUGCUUUACACUACUAGGCUAAUUACACACCACAUACCUGUAGAUCAGGCCUCUCCAACCCUGUUCCUGGAGAGCUGCCCUCCGAUAGGUUUUCGCUCCAAUCCCAGUUGUAACUAACCUGAUUCAGUUUAUCAACCAGCUAAUUAUUAGAAUGAGGUGCGCUAGAUUAGGGUUGGGGUGAUAGCGCUCCAGGAACGGGGUUGGCGAGCCCUGCUGUAGAUUAUAAUGUUCGUAUAGAAACAGGCCGCAAACUGUUACGAUUUGGUAUUGCCCCUUUCCUUGUGAUUUGAGGUUAUAACGUUACCCUUUCGUGUUUUUUCUGCAGGAGCAGUCUGGCCAGGCCAAGAAAAGUACGAUUCAUAAAGGCCCACCACAAUCUUAUAAAGAUUUUGACUCUGUGGCCCGAGACUACAACAUGGUGAAGUGUGAUUACGAGCAACCAAGCCUUGACUUCAGUAGAGAACUGGACUUCUACAGCCAUAGCAAGGAAGGUGAACACCCAGGACACGAUACAGAGAAGUCGGGUAGGAAGAACAUGAGGCCCGGAGAAGCAAAGGGUGGGUUUUUAUGGAUCAUUAACCCUUUACUAUUAGCAUUCAGACAUUAAAAGGAGUGUAAUUUCAUUUAACCUUUUCCACAGGUCCUGAUCAGAAAAAGGAUGUUCAAGGUAUAAACAGGAAGAAAGGACGGAAGCAAUGGGAGCCUCAUCAGCAGAGACUUGACAACCAGGCCAGAGGCAGAGGGGGAAACUCUGCCAGGAGGGGUGGGGAUUUUACCGGAAUGGGUGGACGUGGCACUAACCAGCCCAGAGACUUCUCCAACAGGGGUGGAGGUGGUUCCAACAGGGGUGGAGGUGGUUCCAACAGGGGUGGAGGUGGUUCCAACAGGGGUGGAGGUGGUUCCAACAGGGGUGGAGGUGGUUCCAACAGGGGUGGAGAGUGGAACAAUAGAGGCCCGGGCUGUGACAAGAGGGGCGAUUGGUCAAAGCGAGGCACUGACCAGUCACGUAGAGGUGGACGACAUUUCCCAGAUGGACGUUUAACACUAGUAAAUUAUAUCAUGCAAACUUCCUUGUCAAUAUCCAUAGAAAUUUCAUUUGUAGCUUUACGAUGUGCUCGGUUACAGCUAAGUAACCCAAGCCAGUGAUUUCAGUCUUAUGUACAUUUUAACAGCUGAUUCCAACCUCUUCCAGGAAACUUUGACUGGAAAGGGGAAAAAGAACAUGACAAAGGAAUUCAAAGACCAGAAUGCUUUGGAGAUUGAUGGAAGGUUAAUCUGUCGACAUUUCCUCAGGGGAAAGUGCAUCAAGGCAAGUUUCUAUAUAUUUUAUUAUUAGAAAUUGUAACAAUAUUAAUGGGCCCUUGUCAUUGAACCUAAACCCAAUAUAUUCAAAUGAUAGUCAGGUAUGUUGAUAUCUUUUACAGUAUAUACUGUCAGUGGCAUGACCCAUCUGUAUAGAGACCCCAACAACCUAUUUUCUGUGUGUUUUGCAGGGUGAUGACUGCCAGCUAGAACAUGCUCUGGACGUCAACUACUCUAUCAACGAAGUGUGUAAAUUCUACGUCCAGGGAUCCUGUUCGAAAGGACAGAGCUGCAUAUACAUGCACAAUAUCCUUUUCUCAGCUUAUUCUAAAUGUCCCUUAUGUAGUGGUUGCCACAGGGUGGGUGAGUGGGAAAUGACUGUACUCUGGUUAUGUUUUUAUACUGUAUCCUUGUGUAUUUGUCUUUCUCCCUCUUGCUAUAUUUUGUGAAAAAAAUUAGAAUUUGAUCGCAAAAUAAUACCUUAACGACCCAUAGCGAACAGUACCUUAACAACAAAAUGGCUGCCGUAGGGGUAGAUGCAGACAUUUUUUAGCUUUCUCUCCUUGACCAAGUACCCACAGAGUUUCCCCUGCAAGUUCUUCCAUACCCACGGGAAGUGCUACCAAGGAGACCAGUGCAGGUUUUCCCAUGAACCCCUGACUGAGCUCACCAAACAGCUACUGGAGGCGGUCAGUAACUACAGUGAGGGAAAAAAGUAUGACAAAGACAUGAUCAGUCUAUAAUUUUAAUGGUAGGUUUAUUUGAACAGUGAGAAAAUCCAGAAAAACGCAUGUCAAAAAUGUUAUAAAUUGAUUUGCAUUUUAAUGAGGGAAAUAAGUAUUUGACCCCUGGUGGCAAAACCCUUGUUGGCAAUCACAGAGGUCAGACGUUUCUUGUAGUUGGCCACUAGGUUUGCACACAUCUCAGGAGGGAUUUUGUCCCACUCCUCUUUGCAGAUCUUCUCCAAGUCAUUAAGGUUUCGAGGCUGACGUUUGGCAACUCGAACCUUCAGCUCCCUCCACAGAUUUUCUAUGGGAUUAUGGUCUGGAGACUGGCUAGGCCACUCCAGGACCUUAAUGUGCUUCUUCUUGAGGCACUCCUUUGUUGCCUUGGCCGUGUGUUUUGGGUCAUUGUCAUGCUGGAAUACCCAUCCACGACCCAUUUUCAAUGUCCUGGCUGAGGGAAGGAGGUUCUCACCCAAGAUUUGACGGUACAUGGCCCCGUCCCAUCGUCCCUUUGAUGCGGUGAAGUUGUCCUGUCCCCUUAGCAGAAAAACACCCCCAAAGCAUAAUGUUUCCACCUCCAUGUUUGACGGUGGGGAUGGUGUUGGGGUCAUAGGCAGCAUUCCUCCUCCUUCCAAACAUGGUUGAGUUGAUGCCAAAGAGCUCAAUUUUGGUCUCAUCUGACCACAACACUUUCACCCAGUUCUCCUCUGAAUCAUUCAGAUGUUCAUUGGCAAACAUCAGACGGGCCUGUGUAUAUGUGCUUUCUUGAGCAGGGGGGGGGACCUUGCGGGCGCUGCAGGAUUUCAGUCCUUCACGGCGUAGUGUGUUGCCAAAUGUUUUCUUGGUGACUAUGGUCCCAGCUGCCUUGAGAUCAUUGACAAGAUCCUCCCGUGUAGUUCUGGGCUGAUUCCUCACCGUUCUCAUGAUCAUUGCAACUCCACAAGGUGAGAUCUUGCAUGGAGCCCCAGGCCGAGGGAGAUUGACAGUUCUUUUGUGUUUCUUCCAUUUGCGAAUAAUCGCACCAACUGUUGUCACCUUCUCACCAAGCUGCUUGGCGAUGGUCUUGUAGCCCAUUCCAGCCUUGUGUAGGUCUACAAUCUUGUCCCUGACAUCCUUGGAGAGCUCUUUGGUCUUGGCCAUGGUGGAGAGUUUGGAAUCUGAUUAAUUGAUUGCUUCUGUGGACAGGUGUCUUUUAAACAGGUAACAAACUGAGAUUAGGAGCACUCCCUUUAAGAGUGUGCUCCUAAUCUCAGCUCGUUACCUGUAUAAAAGACACCUGGGAGCCAGAAAUCUUUCUGAUUGAGAGGGGGUCAAAUACUUAUUUCCCAAAUUUAAAAUACAAAUCAAUUUAUAACAUUUUUGACAUGCGUUUUUCUGGAUUUUGUUGUUGUUUUUCUGUCUCUCACUGUUUAAAUAAACCUACCAUUAAAAUUAUAGACUGAUCAUUUCUUUGUCAGUGGGCAAACGUACAAAAUCAGCAGGGGAUCAAAUACUUUUUCCCUCACUGUAUGUCCACCCUGAGAUCACACUCCUGCCCUUAGACUGACAUAUUGUUGCUCCCUGUUAUCUACAAACUAGGGCUUAUUUCUCCUAUGCAGGCAUUGAAGAGGGACAAGGACAUUGAGGAACUGGCGAAAAAGAACGAGCCAAUCAGCAUGGAGGAGCCAGUGGCCACAAAGGAGUCAGCGACAGCUGAGACAAAGCCUGUCAUUGACAUAUUCCUGAAUCCACUAAGGUUAAGAACGCGAGUGCACAUGCACACACACGUUUCUUUUUCUAUCCUUGUGGGGACCUAAAAUGUAUUUCCAUUCACAUUUUCCCUAACCCCUAAGCUUAUAAUAGCCUUAGUCCUCAUGGGAACCUGAGAAAUGUCCCCACGAAGGAGAAUUUUCCUUGUUUUACAACUUUUGGGGAUUUCCGGUACCCACAAGGAUAGUAAUGGAAGCCCACACACCACAGUGCUGUAGUAGAAUAGUAGUGUAUGUAUGUGGUUGAGCUUGACAUUUUACACUGUUGAUAGUAAAUAAGUUAUUCACUAGUGUUUUAUUGACUACUAUUUUUGUCUGGAUUUCAGGCCAAACUUUUACAACAGCUCAUGCCCCUCUGAGCCACAUGCUGAGGAAAGUUCCCCCGAUGUGUCAGAAUGAAGUGUCAUCUGAGGUCGUGGAGAAGGACAUUGCCCGUUGUGCAAACUCCAUUCAGUCUCCUGAUCCUCCCCCAAGCUCUCCUGGCUUUAAGGAACUGGUUUCUUAUUCAGUUGAGGCUGUGCUUGGGUCCCAUAGGCCCCUGGAAAAACCCUUCCGCAGCUUCUUUGCAGCCUCUAUCAGCCAGACCUCACAGACCCAACCAGAUCCCCCUGCAACUACAUUGGUUCCUCCAGACUCUAUCUGCCCCCCUGAUCCAACCCUAAACUCUACAUGUGGCAAGAUAAAUGUACCUUAUUCAGUCGAAGCUGUGCUUGGAUUCCAGAAGCCUGUAGAAAAAGCCUUCUGCAACCAAUUUUCAGGAUCCAUCACCCAGACCUUCCCACCCCCCACACAGAUCCAAUCAGAUCCCCCCAGCAAUACGUUAGUUUCUCCAGACCCCAUUCGGUCGUCUGAUCAUCGUAUGAAUAAGAGGCCGGCUCCUUAUUCAGUUGAGGCUGUCUCUAUGGCCCAGAAGCCGGUGAAAAAACCCUUGUGCAGUCUCUUUGCAGGGCCGAUCAGCCAGACCUCCACUAAACCUCCCAUACAGAAGUCUGCUAAUUCUCCCAUAAACAUGCCCAGGCUGUAAGGGACCCGCUUCUUAUUCAGUUAAGGCUGUUCAUCAGUCCCACAAGCCUGUGGAAAACCCUGUCCGCAGCCUCGUUGCAGACCCCAUCACCCAGUCCACUCGCCACCCUGAUAUACAGACCCAACUAGAUCCUCCUAGCACUACAUUCAAUCCUCCAGACUCCAUUCGGCUCCCUGAUCCUCCUUCAGUCUAUAAGAGGCCGGCUUAUUAUUCAGCUGUGCUUGGGUCUCCUAAAUCUUUGAAACCAUCAUUCAGCAGCCUCUUUGCAGGCCCCAUCAGCCAGACCUCCUCUCCCCAACCUCCCACACAGAUCCAACCAGAUUCCCCUAGCACUGCAUUGGGUCCUUCAGACUCUGCUCCUCCUGCAGGCUGUAAAAGGCCGGCUUCGUAUUCUGUUACGGCUGUGCUUGAGCCCUGUAAGCCCGUGGAAAACUCCUUCUGCAGACGUUUUGCAGGAACCAUCAGCCAGACCGCUCCUGACCCUCCCUCACACUCUCUGAACUCCCCAGGUUGUAAGGCACCAGCUUCUAAAAAGCCCAUGGGAAAACCCUUCCGUAGCCUCUUCGCAGGUCCCAUCAGCCAGACUUCCACUAACCACCCUCCCAGACAGACCCGGCCAAAUCCCCCCAGUACUACAUUUGGUCCUCCAGACCCCAUUCGGUCUUCUGAGCCUCUUCCAGUCUGCAAGAGAUGGACAUCUUCAGUUGAGGCUGUCAGUGAGUCCCAGAAGUCCAUGGAAAAACCCUUCCGUAGCCUCUUUGCCGGCCCCCUCACACAGACCUCCACUUCCGGCCAUCCAACACAGAUCCAACCAGAUCCCCCCAGAAAUUUCACUGGCUGUAAUAGACCAGCUUCUCAUUCAGUUGAGGCUGUGCUUGAGACUCAGACGCAAUUGGGAAAACCCAUUCGCAGCCUCUUUGCAGGGCCCAUCAGCCAGACAACCCUCCCUGACCCUCCAACACAGACCCGGCCGUAUCCCCUGCAUAGUCGAGCCUGAACAUGAGGUUCCAGACCCAACACCACUCACUGGUAAGGGCCUGCUUUACUCAAUAACAAUACUUGAAUUGUCUCUUUGUGUGAAAUGCAUCUUGCUAUUUUCAUCACCACUUCGUACCCUCCUUGAAUUAAUGCAGUGCCUCCAGAGCCAACCACAACCAAUUCUGUUCUGAGGACCCUCUUCCUACGCCUGAGCCCAUGCCGCCAGGAGGGGGAGCAGGUGAGCAGUAACGGCUGCGAAGAUCCAGGUACUGUCAGACACAUCAUGCUAGAAGUAGUGCAUUUGUCUUUUUUGGAACAUAAAUGCAUUGUGGUGUGCUUGGUGUUGCAUCAACAUGUUUUAUACUUAUUUCCUCUCACCUACUUCUGGCUGAACUGUUGUUGUUUUUUUUUUGGGGGGGGGGCUCUUAGUGUGUAUCAAAAUAUAUUCAGGAUUGUGUCCAUUACCGCUGGAAGUGUGUCUGACCUGUUGUGACCCAUUUCAGGAGGCGAUGUCCUGUGUUCCAGUGAUGAGGACCAAAUCACCAGAGGAUCUACUUCUACAGGACAGCAGAGCCAGGAAGUGGAGGAGGAGGUUGAUGAGAUGGAGAGUGAGCCGGAGGAGUGCGAUCUGAGAGAUGAGCUGUUGGUAAAUCCAUUAGAACCGUUAGUACCUUACGUGACACUCGGUGACCCUCACCACCAUCACCAGGUGGACAUCACCCUGCCACGGUCCGCCUUGGCCCAGGACGUGGUGUGGUCCCUUGAAGACCUUGCCCCUCUUCCUCCCAUCUCCCUCUCGCUCAAUCACCAGCCGUCUGUCCCUCUGGCCUCCCCCUCUACUGAAAGAACAUCAGGUCCUGCUGUUGGACUCAGGCCACAGCGUUCCCCACAGGACUCCAACUCCCAGGAGGCUGCAGGAGAGCAUCUCAUUCCCUCCAGGAAUUCAGGUAGGAGUCAGGUCCAGGUGGAUACCCCCGGCGUUCACAACCUACCAAUCCAAGCGAUGGUACGGAUGACUCCACCUCACACUGAUGUACAACCAAAGCGACUGUCUGGACAAAUGAGGAGCAAAAGUGGGAACUUAAGUGACAAAAAAACACUGAAAGACCUUUUUAAGACAUUUGACCCCACAUCAUCUCCCUUCGGACAGUAACUGCAUUUGGAAUAUGGCUCAUAUUGUCAAUGGACUACGCACCCAAAGACUUACACAAACACUUAGCCUUCAUAUGAAUGCUUUUGCUCUAGUGUAUUUUCCCGCUAACAGAUCAGAACAGCAAUUCAUUGCAAAAUGAUUGUAUAAAAUGCAGGAAACCAUUGCGCGCGCACACACAAAACCCUCCUUAACUCAAUUUGAUAAAGUGUUACUCAUAUUGAUAUCAUUACUUAGUAUCAGCUAAUGUUACUGAUGAAUAGUCAGCCUAGUCUGUCUCUGUGUGAAUUGUUUUAGGGAUUUUCUUAGAUGAGGCAUACAGCUCACAAAUGUUGAUGUUAUUUUACAUAAUAUAUCAUCAAUCAUGUACAUUAAGGUUCAAAAAUCAAAUUGUUUUAUUUCAUUUUAUUCAAGCAGAAAGUAACCUUUUGGAACACUUAGUCAGUUAACUAGUAACAAUUAACCGUUGCCCUCUUCCUCCACUCCUGCCGACUAAAUUUCCUCUUAUUUGAGUGAACAGUGGGUUAUUACACUCAACUGAUUCUUAUUACCAUGUGGAAAAUGUAAUUAUUUAAACUAAUGCCACACCAGUUCUGCUCUAUGUGAAUGUAGUGCUUCUCCCUCCUUAUAGUAAGGUACAGUGCUGUGAAAAAAGUUUUUGCCAACCCGUUCUAAUUUCCUCUACUUCUGCAUAUUUUUUAUACUGAAUGUU